AUGAGAAAAUUAGAAUUUCGAAAUGGAUAAAAGAAUUCAUCUUAAGAUCUGAUUGUAGAAAGAACCAAAAUUAACGUCAAAAAUAUUUUCUUAGAUAUUAAAUAAUUGAUAGGAUAAUUACACUUUGACCCAGAAAAUGCAAAUUAUAUAUUGAAUAAUAGAAUAGGAUUUUGGACACACUUCUUUAAUAUCUAGGAGGUCUUUAGAAGAGAAGAAAGAGGUUAGAAUGCGAUUAUUCCUAGUAAUUAUAUUUUAGUAAAAUAAUAGGAUAAUAUUAAUUAUGA